AUGGGAAGAGGGUCUUCGUUUGCAAUCGACGAAGAGAUGCUCGCUCUCGUCGUCCCUUGCUCGCCGCCUUCACUGUCAUCGUCGGAAUCCGGCUCGCCGCCUUCACUGUCGUCGUCGGAAUCCGGAAUCCGAAUCGCUGCAAUCGACAAGCUUCUUCUACUCGUCGUCACCCACUGCUCGCCGUCUUCACUGUCGCCGUCUUCACUGCUCGCUAGCUGCGUGGAGAGGAUCGAAGGAAGGAAGAGGAUCGAAGGAAGAAGGGUUUCGGCGGUGAGAAGAGGUGAGAAGAAUGGUUUCGAAGGAAGAAGAGUUUAA